GGACUGCAGGGGGGUCACGUGUGUAUGAGAAAAUGACAUAAAGUUUCAGACCCCCUUGUGCUUUGCUCCAGAUACAGACAAUUCUUGUUCGGAUGGUGCCGAGCCGGGCCACAGCCUGGGGCGCGGAUGCCUGCCGGACCACCGCCCUCUCUCCCGGAGCGGCUCCUCCCCCGGGCUGCGCGGCUCCAGACAAGCCCCCAUCGGUGCGAGCGCCCAGCCUGGCUGGGGAGCUCAGAGGAAAAUGAGAGACUGCUUGGGCACCAACAAUAGUACCACGAGUCCCUGCACCGGUUAAAGCGAUCACCACAACCUGGGCAGGCAGCAAGGGCUCUGGGUUUGCAGAGAGCAGAAAUGACCAUGACUGCCAACAAGAAUUCCAGCAUCACCCACGGAGCUGGAGGCACUAAGGCCCCUCGGGGGACUCUGAGCAGGUCUCAGUCAGUCUCUCCACCUCCAGUUCUCUCCCCACCAAGGAGUCCCAUCUACCCGCUCAGUGAUAGUGAAACGUCGGCCUGCAGGUACCCGAGCCGCUCCAGCUCCCGGCUGCUCCUCAAGGACUGGCACCCCCGUGAUCUUUUACCCCCAAAUCCUCAAGCUCCCUCCCCAGGCACUUCACCCGUCUGUCCCCUCAAGGCCACCAACUUCAGUUAUUCGGACCGAAGCCCUUCAGUGUGCAAGAGAGAGGACCAGAAGGAGAACGUCCAAGGGGAAGGCCAGGAUGUAGAGGGAGUAGCUGCUUGCCUCCCUCUUGCCCAGAGCACCCCAUCCUUAGGGACAACAGCUGGCCCACGGAGCUUCUUUUUGAACCGCACUGGCAGCCGUGCCCACAGCCUGGGCAUCCGAGAGAAGAUUUCAGCAUGGGAGGGGCGCCGAGAGGCUUCGCCCAGGAUGAGCAUGUGCGGGGAGAAGCGGGAGGGCUCUGGGGGCGAGUGGGCGCUCAGUGAGGGCUGUCCCAGCGUGGCGCCAUCCCCCUGCGGCUCAGAAAAAGCCUUCGAUUUCAAGGGCCUCCGGAGGAUGAGCAGGACCUUCUCAGAGUGCUCCUACCCUGAGACCGAGGAGGAGGGAGAGGCGCUCCCUGUCCGGGACUCUUUCUAUCGGCCGGAGAGACGGGCAGGCCGGAGUGAGCCCAGCGCCUUCCUCAGGGGGCAUGGCAGCAGGAGAGAGAGCUCAGCAGUGCUGAGUCGGAUCCAGAAAAUCGAACAGGCCCUGAAGGAGCAGCCAGGCCGGGGACUCCCCCAGCUCCCCAGCAGCUGCUAUAGUGUAGACCGAGGGAGAAGGAAGACUGGGACCUUGGGCACGUUGGAGGAACCGACAGGGAGCACGAGUGUGAGCACUGGCAGCCGGGCAGGAGGAGUGGCUGGAAUUGGGGGGGAGGCAGGCCCACCCCUGGAGAGGGAAGGCAGUGACUCCACUAAGCCAGGGACCCCUGGAAAUAGCCCGAGCUCCCAGCUGCUGCCGUCAAAGAGCUCCCCUGAUCCCGCUGUGAACCCUGUCCCCAAACCCAAGCGCACCUUUGAAUAUGAGGCUGACAAGAACCCCAAGAGUAAGCCAAGCAAUGGUCUACCUCCUUCGCCCACACCUGCUGCUCCACCCCCCCUGCCCUCUACCCCCGCCCCACCAGUCACCCGGAGACCCAAGAAGGACAUACGUGGUCACCGCAAAUCCCAGAGCAGAAAAUCCUUUGAGUUUGAGGAUGCAUCCAGUCUCCAGUCCCUGUACCCCUCUUCUCCCACUGAGAACGGUACUGAGAGCCAACCCAAGUUUGGAUCCAAAAGCACUUUAGAAGAGAACGCCUAUGAAGAUAUUGUGGGAGAUCUGCCCAAGGAGAAUCCAUAUGAGGAUGUGGACUUAAAGAGCCGAAGAGCAGGACGAAAAUCCCAGCAACUGUCUGAAAACUCCUUGGACUCUUUGCACAGGAUGUGGGGUCCUCAGGACAGGAAGUACAACAACCCACCCACUCAGCUCUCCCUGAAACCCAGCAGCCAGUCCCUGCGCAGUGGGAACUGGUCAGAAAGGAAGAGCCACCGGCUGCCGCGAUUACCCAAGAGGCACAGCCAUGACGACAUGCUGCUGCUGGCUCAGCUGAGCCUGCCGUCUUCACCCUCCAGCCUCAAUGAGGACAGCCUCAGCACCACCAGUGAGCUGCUGUCCAGCCGCAGGGCCCGCCGCAUUCCUAAGCUUGUCCAAAGAAUUAACUCCAUCUACAAUGCCAAGAGGGGAAAGAAGAGGUUAAAAAAACUGUCUAUGUCCAGCAUUGAGACAGCAUCACUGAGAGAUGAGAAUAGUGAGAGCGAGAGCGACUCUGACGACAGGUUCAAAGCCCACACGCAGCGCCUGGUCCACAUCCAGUCAAUGCUGAAACGCGCACCCAGCUAUCGGACUCUGGAGCUGGAACUGCUUGAGUGGCAGGAGCGGGAGCUUUUCGAGUACUUUGUGGUGGUGUCCCUCAAGAAGAAGCCAUCUCGAAAUACCUACCUCCCUGAAGUCUCCUACCAGUUUCCCAAGCUGGACCGACCCACCAAGCAGAUGCGGGAGGCAGAGGAGAGGCUCAAGGCCAUUCCCCAGUUUUGCUUCCCUGAUGCCAAGGACUGGCUUCCAGUGUCUGAGUACAGUAGUGAGACUUUCUCUUUCAUGCUGACUGGGGAAGAUGGCAGCAGACGCUUUGGCUACUGCAGGCGCUUACUGCCGAGUGGGAAAGGGCCUCGGUUGCCAGAGGUAUACUGUGUCAUCAGCCGCCUUGGCUGCUUCGGCUUGUUUUCCAAGGUCUUAGAUGAGGUGGAGCGCCGGCGUGGGAUCUCUGCUGCCUUGGUCUAUCCCUUCAUGAGAAGUCUCAUGGAGUCACCCUUCCCUGCCCCGGGGAAGACCAUCAAAGUGAAGACGUUUCUUCCAGGUGCUGGCAACGAGGUGUUAGAGCUUCGGCGGCCCAUGGAUUCCCGGCUGGAGCACGUGGACUUCGAGUGCCUCUUCACCUGCCUCAGCGUGCGCCAGCUCAUCCGAAUCUUCGCCUCGCUACUGCUGGAGCGCCGAGUCAUUUUUGUGGCAGAUAAGCUCAGUACACUCUCCAGCUGCUCCCAUGCCGUGGUGGCCUUGCUCUACCCCUUCUCCUGGCAGCACACCUUCAUUCCUGUCCUUCCGGCCUCCAUGAUUGACAUCGUCUGCUGUCCCACACCCUUCCUGGUUGGCCUGCUCUCCAGCUCCCUCCCCAAACUGAAGGAGCUGCCCGUGGAGGAGGCACUGAUGGUGAAUCUGGGAUCCGACCGAUUCAUCCGACAGAUGGAUGAUGAGGACACGCUGUUACCAAGGAAGUUACAGGCGGCUCUGGAGCAGGCUCUGGAGAGGAAGAAUGAACUGAUCUCCCAGGACUCUGACAGCGACUCUGAUGAUGAAUGUAAUACCCUCAAUGGGCUCGUGUCAGAGGUGUUUAUCCGGUUCUUUGUGGAGACUGUCGGGCACUACUCCCUCUUCCUGACUCAGAGCGAGAAGGGAGAGAGGGCCUUUCAGCGAGAGGCCUUCCGCAAGUCUGUGGCCUCCAAGAGCAUCCGUCGUUUUCUUGAGGUUUUUAUGGAGUCUCAGAUGUUUGCCGGCUUCAUCCAAGACAGGGAGCUAAGAAAGUGUCGGGCAAAGGGCCUCUUUGAGCAGCGAGUGGAGCAGUAUUUAGAGGAACUCCCAGACACUGAGCAGAGUGGGAUGAAUAAGUUUCUCCGAGGUUUGGGCAACAAAAUGAAGUUCCUCCACAAGAAGAAUUAAGCCCCUUUCCCAGUAACGGAGCCCAGUGCCUUGCCAUGCCUGGAGCCUGGGGAGGGGGCCAGCUUGGAACCUUCUGGGCUGCUGUGGCUACUCCGCCCCCACAGACCCUGCCCUCCAAGCCAGCCCACCUCUGCCUUCACAAUAUCCCAGGAUACUGUUUGUAAAUAAUCUGCUGUAAGCUUUCUUAUCUCUUUUUGUAACAAGCAAAGAGAAUCUGGUAAAUAUUUGUAUAUUCCCAAGGGGCUGGGUGCUGGCGACUGGCCAAUUAUGUGCAGCUGACUGUCUCAGCCGAACCACUGAUCUUCCCCUGGAGGCUCCAGGCCUGCCUGCCUGAGGCCCCUGCUGCCAGUCUUGGGCCCUGGAGAGCAGAUGCUGUCUUGUUAUGUACAGGAGGACUAUUUUUUUUUUUUUUAUUAAUCUUAGAGUUUCUAUUUUUUUUCCAGUACUCCCCCUCCCCUAACCCUCCGUUUUUGAAAGGCAAAGGCCAAUCAAUUCCCAUUUGCAGCGUGGUACCAGACUCUCGGGCCUGGCCCUCUCUUGUUCCUCCCACCUUUGUGAUGAUGGUCAGUGAGUCACGGGAAGCCCACCCCCCACCCCCGGCUGUUCCAGUGCUCUCCAGGCCCAGCUCGCAGUCCGUGGUGGCCACGAUGCGGUACAGGGCAUCCCUCCUUCCCACCAUCUACGGGUGUUCUCAAUAAACAGUGUACAGUUGUUUGGGCCCAGAGCCCUACGUGUUC